AUGACGGUGAAGGAACAUUUACAGCUGUCAGAAACAGUUUACCCCACGGAGAGCAUGACGCGGUGUAUGUGCACCACACAUGUAUGCGAUAAGCAGUUUCUGUGCAUGCAGGAGGUCACCACACAGACGGACCUGAACAGGCAAUGGCGAGGAGUAGAUGGCACGACACGUUACAUGUGCGACAUGUGUGGAAUUUCAAUAAACUUUAAAGAGAAAAUAGACCUAAAGGCUUAUAUGGACGGCCCAGUGGCGAGAAAUCAUACCAGUGCGCUGAAUGUGGGAACUGUUAUCGGCAUACAAAUUGAAGAGCACACUGAAUUCAUGAAGGAAAGUGCAAAGAUACUGAAGGAAAAGGGGUAUGCAGCUUUAAUAGAGAAGUUUGAAAACGAAAGCAAACACCAAAACCUUGUCUUCUACGACGUCCCAGAUGUUGGAACAGAAUCAUUUCCAGAGAAAACGUAUCUUCAACAGAUCGACAUAGACAAUUAUGACUUCUUUAUCCUGACAAAUUCGACAAGAUUUACGGAACUGGACACUUGGCUGGCAAAAGAGGUCAUUAGCCGACAGAAGAAAUUUUAUUUUGUUCGAACAAAGGUAGAUUUUGAUAUCGCCAAUAACCAGAAAGUAAACGGAAAAUCAAAGGAAUACACAUUCAAUCACAUCAGAGAAGACUGCUUGAAUCAGCUACGCAAAUUUGUUAUAAAAGAUCCUAAAGUGUUCCUGGUGAACAAUCACAAUACAUACGAUUACGAUUUCGUGAUAUUGUCGGAAAUAUUGAUAAAAGAGUUACCGGACCUGAAAAGAGAAGCUAUGGCCUUGUCAGUUUCCACCACUUCAGAAGCAGUUUUGAAGGUGAAUGUCCAGGUAUUGAAGAAGUGA